UCUCUUAUCGCCUGGCCGCCACAAUUGCUAAGUUUCAUGUUAAAAAAAUAAAACAUAAAAUGAGUCAAAAGUAACAAAAUUGGAAAUUUCGAAAUUAAAUUAUUUAAAAUACAUACAAUAUGGUUAUACCUAAAGAAAUACUCAGCGACUACAAAGAGCUAUUCGAGAAAUCGGCCAAACUAGUGGAACAGGAUAGUCGCACAGAUCCACCCACUGAUCCCUAUCGUUCCCAUUACAAAGCGCGUGACGUGCUCCUCGAUUUGAAAAAACAGUUGGACGAGCAACUUAUAUCCAUACAAGCAGCUGAAGAAGAAGGAGGCUCCGAUGAGCUGUGUUACAAGUCCAUGUUAGGCUUCACAUGCCGCGACCUGGGACGAAUUUAUAUAUACGUUGAGGAGGUCGGCGACGGUGAGCAAUUGCUGAAUCGCUGCUUGGAGCUUAUGGAGCCACACAAGCAAUGCCCACAAGGUAUACUACCAUAUAUGGGCGCUGUGAACGAGCUGAGCAUUGUACUUGCCUCCAGGCAGGAGUAUAAGAAAGCAGUCGAGCUGCUUUUAAAAGCCGAUAAGUGUUAUGAGGAAUUCAAGACUAGUGGUCAGAUAGCUUUAACAGUUGAAGAUCUCUAUAAUCCACCUGAUGAGCUACGACCAGCCAAGGGCGGCGAGAAUGAGCUAGAGAAUUUGUAUACGCUCUGCUGCUUCUAUUUGGCUCAGAUGUAUGGGCAUUUAGGUGAACCAGAAAAAUCUGCGCAAUGCUGCCAUCGAACGCUUCACCGACAGCUGCAAUACAAAUCGUACGAUGCCGUUGACUUUGCGCUCAAUACGGCAACGCUUUCGCAAUAUUACAUUGGACAGGAGAGAUUUAAGGAGGCGCGCCAUCAUCUGGCUGCUGCCACCAUUGUAAUGGCUGAGCACGAAACGCAAAUGCUGAAGCCGGAUAUGAGUGAGCAGGAGAAGUCGGAUGCUUCGGAGACCUUCAAGCAUCGCUAUGCGGAUGUGGCACGCUGCUGGGCGAAAUACGGCCUGCUGCUCUUGCAGACGUCUAAGGAACGGCUGCUGCGCGACGACGAGGAGGAGGAGCAGGAGCAGAAGAAGCUGGCGGCAGCUGCCAAGCAGCUGCAAGUAGAAGAUAUCGAUUAUCGCUUUGUGGACCUCGACCUAACAGCCAUCGAGCGGCGCAUUACCUGUGACUACUGUCUGACAUUCGAUGAUGCGAAGCUAGUCUUUCACUUCAUCAACGAGUGGCUGGAUGUAGCGAAGGAUUACUACAAAGCAGAAACAGAAGCCACAGAGUAUGCGAAGAUUAUACAGGAUUAUGCCGAGGCCUACGAGCACAUUGCCUUCUUCGAGGAGCAGCCAGAAAAUCAAGCCAAGAUGCAAAAGCGACGCGCCAAAUACUUAGAGGAUCUUCUCGAUCUACUCGAUCCGGUGUGCUAUUUGAAGAUCUGCCAGGAAUGCUGGUAUGUGGCGGGCACCGCACAUGCAGCCAUUCUCGAUGUGCGCCUGGAUGCCAUAAAGUCGAAUCAAUCGCCGACACCCGAAGAUAUAAAACGCGUAAACCAAAGCUGCCUGAAAGCCAUCAAGCAUUUUGAGAGUUAUGUAAAGUCAUAUUUGGUCAGCAGUGACAGCCAGCAGUGGAAGCCUGGCAUGGACAACGAGGAGUUGCGCACCAUGCUCUAUGCCCACUUUCAUAUUGGUCGCCUCUACUACAAGCUGAUCAGCGCGCAUCCCCAGCAGCAGCUGGAGCAAUUGAAUCAAUGUUUAACCUACUACAAGCGUUUCAGCGAUGCCUGCGACCAGCAGAAGGAGCCGGCAGAGCAGCUGCAGGGUGAGAUUGGUGUAGUGCGGGAGAUGCUGGAGCUGUUGCCGCUCAAAAUUAACACUGUGAAACGCCGUCUAGAAUGAAUGCAUCCACAUUAAUACAGUUUUACAAUCCGUUGACUAACGGAAUAAUCCAAAUAAACUCAAACUAAC